GCUUAAACCCAAUUCAACAGCCACGCAUUCAACAAACCACAACAACAAAACCCAAGCAAAAAUAAGAAGACCGGCCAGCCACCGCUCUCCAGCCCAGCUCCUCCACUCUGGGCGGCGGCGCACCGCCUGGUAAUCACCAUGAACUUCGAUGACCACCAUGACGACGACGAACCCUUCUUUCACCACCGGAACUCAUACGACCUCAACAGCAAGAUCAUGCUCUCAGCCAUCAUCUCCCUGUCCGUCGUCGUUCUAGUCGUUAUCGCACUCCACGUCUACGCAAGAUUCGCCCUCCGCCGACAAGCCCGCCGCCGCAGCGCCACCCAUCACGCAGGACUUGUCUUGGCUCAUCACGCAAAUCACUCCCCGGAGUCGCCCAGCGCCGGCCUCGAACCGGCGAUCAUCGCCGCGCUCCCGACCUUCCCUGCGAAGAAAUACGACGGCGGCCGCCAGGUCGGCGGAGAGUGCGCCGUCUGCCUGAGCGUUGUAGAGGAGGAAGAAAUCGUUAGGCUUCUGCCAAACUGCAAGCACGCGUUCCACAAGGACUGCAUCGACACCUGGUUGCGGUCCAACCCCACGUGUCCCGUGUGCCGGGGCAACGCCAAACCGCGGUUGGAGCCGGAGUCUCGUGAGUCGCCUGCCCGGUUUGCGGUUGCGGUUGCACCCAGCGCCCCGACGCCGCGGCGGUUGGAGCGGGCGAGCUCGACGUUGUGUGGCGUAGAAGCGACGUCGUCGGAGGGUGGAGCGGUGCAAAACUUGUCGGGGAAAGCUGGUGGGUCGAGUUCGAGAUUGGGUUCGUUCCGGAGGAUGUUGAGUUGGGAAAUAUCGUCGAGAAGCAUUCAAACCACCCAUGGGCAAGAAGACGGUAAUGUUGAAGACUUAGAGAGGCAAUAGGUACAGCAAUUUUCUUCGUUAUUGUAAAUUUUAAUUCCUUCACACAAUUUUUAUUUUUAUUUUUUACAUAAAAUUUUCGAAACGUGUUAGGCAUGUAAGACUUUGUGUUCGCUUUAGGCCAAGGGUCCGAGUACAAAGUCGAAAAAGUAAUUUUUUUUUGUUUUUUAAUUUUUAGUUUUGAAAAUGGUGAGUGGAAUUAGUAUUAAGCUGAAAUGGUUACUUAAUACAGACGAUAAGAAUGGUAUAGAUAUAUUUCUUUGUAUUUUGGAAAGAGUGAGAUACUCUGUAUUUCUUAUAAUAAA